AUGUCUACAGAAGGGACGCUCUCCGGGAAGCCCCCAGCGCACGCAGCGGGGCACGCCGACUAUGGAGGCAGCGAAGACUUGGCGGUGGUCCGGCACGCAGACGACGAGCUGCUUGCGCAGUUGGGUUACAAAAGCGAGUUUAGACGCGAGUUUUCGCUUGUCGAGACGAUCGCAUUCGCGUUCUCUAUCAUGGGCGUCGUCGCAUCGGUUUCUUCGACAAUGUCGUUCCCGCUUGUCUCCGGCGGGCACGUCGGCAUGAUCUUCGGCUGGCUUAUUCCCUGCUUCUUCGUAAUGACGAUUGCGGCAUCAUUGGCUGAGCUGACUUCUGCAAUGCCGACGAGUGCCGGACUCUACUACUUCUCAGCCAAGCUCGCGCCGCCGAAGUGGGCGCCGCUCGCGAGCUGGAUCACAGGUUGGGCGAACGUCACCGGACAGGUGGCGCUUGUGUGCUCUAUAGAUUUCACAUGCGCACAGAUGAUUACCACCGCGCUGAGCGUUGGGUCGGACGGCGAAAUCAACCUUGGCGCAGGAGCUACGUUCGGAAUUUUGCUCGCCAUCUUGUUCACGCAUGGACUUGUUUGCUCGGCCGCGACGUCCGUUAUCGCGCGUUUGAACAUCUUCUAUGUGCUCAUCAAUGUGGGCACGACUAUCGCUGCGAUCGUCCUCCUGCUGUCUCGCAGCGGUGAGCAGAGGGUAACAACAGAAGUUGCAUUCACCAUGUUUGAAAACAAUACCGGCUGGGCGAACAGUGGCUGGGCUUUCCUGCUCGCGUUUACAUCACCCAUGUGGACCCUGACCGGCUACGACUCCGCUGCGCACAUAUCUGAGGAGACCUCCAAUGCCGCGCGCGCCGCCCCCAUCGCCAUCCUCGUCGGAGUAGGCGCAACCGCAACCCUCGGCUGGCUCCUGUACAUCGCCGCGUCCUUCGCGACCGCGUCCGUGCCCAACUUGCUCGGGACGACGCUCCCGCUCCCGAUGGGCCAACUGUUCCUGAACGUGCUCGGGAAGCGCGGGAUGCUCGCGAUAUGGAGCCUCAUCAUCGUCGUGCAGUACGUCACGGGCGCGGCGCAGGGCGUCGACGCGUCGCGUGUCGUGUUCGCGUUCGCGCGCGACAACGCGCUGCCCGGCUCGCGCUGGUGGAAGCGCAUGCACCCGUACACGCGCACGCCCGUCAACGCGGUGUGGCUCGUUAUCGUUCUCGCUGGUAUUUGCGGCCUUCUCGGGUUCUCUGAGACGGCGCUGUCGUCUCUCGCUGGUGCAUCCGUUAUUGGUCUGUACGUCUCGUACGUGACGCCGAUCUUCCUGAGGAUCACCUCGGGGCGGGACAAGCUCAAGCCUGGGCCAUUCUCGCUGGGGAAGUACUACAUGCCCAUCGGUGUCGUGGCCGUCAGCUGGGUGACCUUCAUCGUUGUCCUUCUGGUGUUCCCUCCAGAGGUCAACCCGACCGCCGCUACCAUGAACUACACCAUCGUGAUCAUCAUGGCAGUGUUCAUCUUCGCGUCCGUCUGGUGGGUUGUCUCUGCAAGAAAAUGGUUCAAGGGACCUGUCAAGACCGUCGAGGGUGAGGACGGCGAGUUGAAAGAGUACGACGAGAAGAAGGGGGCGCGUGUCGACGAGCGGUCGGUGGGAAGCCAUUGA